UCAAAAGGUAAACAAACAAGAGGGCGCGGGAAGGAGUCUCCAAGACGCCCGACUAUCACCUUCACCAAACAAGUUAUCUUUCCUGCUUCCUCCACCUCCAGGCCACCCUAAGUUGUGGCACCACACCUGGCACGGCUCCAUCCAUUCCUGGAAACAAUAAAAACAAGGCUUCGCACUGGAAUUUAAAACGUGGAGUCAGAAAAGGGGUAAACUUGUAAUCAUUUGUAGGGUCGAGUUGAGCAGCCAUGACGGAAAGGUUGGAUGUAACUAACAUAACACUUGAAGAUUUUUUUGUUGGAGUCUCAGCAUUUGAAGAAGAGCUUACCUACAUCGCUCCUUCUGUUUUGCAUCGCCCAUCUGGACGAAGAAGAAAAUCAAGAAUGAAGAAGAAUGUCAAAGAUCCCUCGCAUUGUCAAUCCAAGUCUUCCACAAUUUCAGGAAAAAAUGAAGGGGCCAAAGAAGUACAACAUAAGAAAUUAAUGGUCCGUUUAGAAAAAAUGGAAAUGCUUCCUUAUCAGAAACAAGUGGAAGCAUCUAGAACAUUGCUGGACAUAAGUAAUGGCAAACUGAAUCUUCAAGGAACUAAAAGGAAGAAUUCACUUCUAUACACUGCAUGUAAUAGUAGAGAGAAUGAUCUUGGCGAUGAAGGGAGGUCAAACUCUGCUAAACGAUGUAGAACUAGUAUUCCAGAAAGAGGAAGAGGCAGAGGAAGAGGGAGAGGAAGGGGAAGGGGAAGAGGGAGAGGAAGAGGAAGAGGAAGAGGAGGAGGAGGAAGAGGAAGAGCAAGAGCAAAUGAAAGUAUGUCCUCUGAGAUAUUAGGAGUGUAUUGUCUUCCGGAAUCAACCCUCAUUAGAAAGUCAUCACAUCCAAGUAGAGCCAGCCAUUUGUUAGAUUUUGAGUAUGAUCAUGACCCUGAUACUGGUGUAAGAUAUGAAGACUUAAAUACUAGUUGUCGUGUUGCACUGGGUGGUGAAAAAAGACCAAGAGGGAGACCAAGAAAAUACCCAGGAUAUCCAUCAGAGAGGAGAGUUGAGGCAGCUGGAAUACACCAGCAAAACACAACCAUGGGUGCAAAUACCACAAAAGGUAGACAAAGAAAAGAAACAAAGGUUAUGGCAGCUGGAAUAGGCAAACAAAACACUGCUUAUGAUGUCAAAGUGAAGGAUGCAAAAAAAACAGGAGAUAAAUCAAGAACAAAUUCAGAACCCCAAAAUAUUAAUGAGAUUUCUGUUAGUGGUGAGGAAGUUGAAAUUAACAGAAAGAAACCAAAAGAAAAUGUAGAAUACACUGAAAACAUUAAUGUGCAACAGUUGAGAAGAUCAGCCCGUGAACGCAAGACAUACUUUGUGUACGGAGAAGACUCUUUUUAUGAGUUCGAUAAUAGUCCAUUUAGUUCCUCUGUUAUGAAGAGAAACCAGAAAAAAACAAAAGCUCAGGGGAGCACUGUCAGUACGUCUCAGUCCAAGAAAAGCUUGCAAAAACAAAACUGUAAAAGGCAAACUCAGAUUGAAAACAAUGAACAUGAUGAAAAAUUGAGAGAAACAGUAAUUGUGAAACUGGAGCGUCUUGAAGAGAAGAAAAUCUCAUCCAUGCAGGGAAAUAAAAGUGAAGUGGAGAAAAAUAAUCCUAACAUUGGGAAAGACAGUGCACAAAACUUUAAAAAAAUAAACAAGAAAAUUAACAAGAAAGGAAUGGCAGUCGAUACCACUGAAAAAAAGGAAAAGACUCAACCAGCUGUUCAGAAUGCUGAGGACUUGAAGAUAACAGCCAAGAAAGGAACUCUCAAGUAUCUUCAGCAAAGGGAGAAGUACAUAGAAUGCCUGGCAAGGGAGACUCAGAGGGAUGGUGAUUUGGCUAUUGAUGACGGCUUUUUUGCAAAUAAGAAAUACAAGUUCACUAAUCUUUUGCCACCAUCACAUGAGGACACUCUUCAUAUCAUGACUCCCAAAAGAGGGGAAACUGAAGACAGACAAGAUGCCGUCUUUACACCUCGAACAGUUUUACUGGGUGAGCUGCAGCCCCUCACACCCACCACCACUCUGGCCUACUCUCCAUUCCCAACCCUGGAUCAACACACAAAAAAAAUUGCCUUGCAGCAGGUGUAUCAGUUCAUGAAGGGCAAAACACACCUGCCUGUCCGAAAGCCGAUACGAAACUCUGUUGACAAAAACCAAUCUCGUCAGCUUUCUUUCACUCCACUUGAGCUUCCAGAAAAUCAAGAAAGUACAAGUGCUGAUGACUCUGAGGCAAGUCGAGAUGAAUACUUCAGUGAUAGUGAAGAAUUUUAGGUCUGGAAGAAUCUGUUAAUAUGGAGGUAGGAUACUGGCAAAACCUUAAUAUAAGUGCAUUUUGUUAUACAUAAAAAUGUUAAAAAUGCUAAAGUUAUUGUAUUUUGUAGGUAACAUAAGCCUAUCUUAAAAUAUAAGGAUAUGUAAAGAAGGAUACUCUCUCUGUUUUAUUCUUGCAAUGAGACAAUGUUGUCGUUUCUACUGACCCACAUUGAGGAAAUUUACAGAAGUUAUUUUCUAUGUAUUUCUGCUCAGGAAAAUGUGGUGGUUAGUGCACUUUGUUCAAUAGUGAGUAAGGUAAAGUUUGAGUCCCUAGAACAGCAAGGUGCACACACACACACACACACACACACACACACACACACACACACACACACACACACACACACACACACACACACACACACACACAGUCAGGAUUUCCUUCUUACCUGACUAACAUACUUAUGCAUUCUGUAUCAUGCCCAGAAGAGAGACAAACUUAAGUUGUCUUCACGUGAUUAUCGCACCAAAAAAUAUGACAAAGAUGACAAAAUUUCCAGUUUCCAGUUGCAUGGGAGAGUGGAUGUUACCUGACCUGGCAACUCAAGACACAGUGGCCUUCAGUACACUCACACAGAACACUUAUCAGAAAGUAUAAAUUUAACAGUUGUGUGAAAAGAUGUUCUUCAUGUACAGUAUGCAUUUCUGAGCAAUUGGUUUAUGCAAGUCAAUUCAAGAAGGCACUUGCAAAAAAAUACCUUGUCAUUGAACUGUGACAUGUAUAUCAAAGCAUUUAAUGAGUGAGUGUGGCUGAGGUCAGUUUGUCUUGAGCUCCCAGGUCAGUGUUCUGCUCUCCUGAUGCUGACACUGAAUGAGAAUUUUGUCGUCUUUUUUUUUGGCACUGACGGGAGUAACACUAUAUUACAUAUACAGGAAAGUUAAAUUACUUAUCAUUUACAGUGAAGAUAAUAAGAGUAGUGUAAUUAAAUGUUUAUCUCACUUCACCAUUACUUGUUAACAUUUUCAUAGUCGUAUUAGUGAUUGCUUUCUUUUCCUGAAGUUAGUCAUAAUUUUGUGUGCUUUUUUCUUGUUUUAUAGUUCUCUGAAUCUUCUGAGUAUCACUUUGUGCUGAGUGGACUAGUGCACAGUGCUCUGCCCUUAACUUAAUAGUGUUCUACCUUCAGCACCCCAUCCUUCAUUUGGUAGCAUUAUCUGUCUUAAAAUAGCAAGAUCUGUAUAUCUUUGUUGAUAAAUAUUUUUUGCAGUUUAAUUUUUCAUAGAUUUCCAGUUUUUAACUGUGAAUUAAAAGUGAAGAUAAAA